AUGCCCUCCACGAACAAAGUAUAUGUCAUCACGGGUGCCAAUAGAGGCAUCGGUCUGGGUCUGACCCAGAAACUGCUUCAAAGACCCAACAUCACAGUCAUUACCUCAGUCCGCAACACUGAGGCAGCUGCAAGCCUCAGGGCAGAGACAGAAAAUACCACUGUGGGCGAAAACAGCACUUUCCACAUCAUCGAACUCGACUUUUCAUCAGCGAUCUCCCCGGAAAAGAUUAGUCAAGUGCUUGCCGACUCGACAGCCAGUAUCAUGCAUAUAGACGUUCUCAUUUGCAACGCCGCUGUUAUAGCCCCACUGACUCCGGCCGUUUCCACCUCAGCGGAAGAUUUACGUACAUCCUUUGAAGUGAACGCCAUCGCCCCGCUUCUACUUUUCCAAGCCCUCUGGCCAUACUUGAAGAAUUCAUCUGCGCCUCAGUAUGUGGCUGUCUCGUCUUCAGUCGGCUCGAUUGCUGCUCAAGAGCCGUUCCCAGGGGGUAGCUACGGCGCCAGCAAGGCGGCAUUGAACUGGCUGACCAGGGCGAUCCACCUGCAGCAUGAGUCAGAUGGAUUGAUUGCUUUCAGCUUGCAUCCGGGCUGGGUACAGACCCGUGCAGGUUAUUACUCGGUGAAGCAGUGGGAUUAUCCCGGUGAGCCGCCAUUGACUAUUGAGGAAAGUGUUUCGGGAAGCCUGCAUGUCAUUGAUACUGCUACACGGGAGAACACAUCAGGAAAACUUGUAGCAUACAACGGGGAUGUAGUGGCUUGGUAG